GUACUCACACUUAGUCUUUUCAUUACAUAAGUGCACACGAGUACUUACACUUCAUCUUUCAAUUGCAUAAGUGCACAUUUUCGUACUUACACUUAGUCUUCCAUUUGAGACACAGCCUUCCUCACUUUACAAGGUGUUGUCUUCUUGUCUGUGUUUCACCCGUUUAGGAAAAGAGUUAGUAGAAGUAGAAAUGGAUUCCAAGGUAACAGAGGCGGAGAACGUGUGGGUAUGAAACACUUUUAGUCCUUCACCUUCUCAUCUUCAUGAAACAGUGCAAAGAUGUUGAGCGUGUGAGAGUUGCUUGACGUUGAGACGUUUAAGCGUGUCAUUCCUAGCUGCUAGAAGCUAACCAACCAUCCACUCAUGCAGGAUCAAACUUGUCAGUCCACAUCAUUCCAUGCAAGGAAGAACAAUGUCACCUUUCUAAGUCUAUCCUGCAGAAGAUGGACCCAACCUGGACCACCACAGUUCUCCUGGUGCCCUGCGUGGUGGUUCUCACAGUCGGAAUGUUCUACGUGUAUACGCUGGUGCUGGGUCUGCUGUCCAAAAGCUCCGUACGCAACAAGGUGGUGCUGGUGAGCGACGCUUUGUCUGGCCUUGGCAAAGAAUGUUCCAGUGUCUUCCACAAAGACGGCGCCAGGUUGAUCCUGUGUGGGAAAAGCUGGGAGAAACUUCAGAAGCUUUCAGGCAACUUGGUGGACACCUCCGACCCCAGCGUGACCUUCCCUCCUAAGCUGGUGCUGCUGGAUUUUGGGGACAUGGAGAACCUCCCCGAGGCCAUGGCGGAGAUCCUGGAGUGUUACGGCUGCUUGGACGUUGUCAUUCUCAACAGCAGCAUGAAGGUCAAAGCGCCUGCACACACUUUGUCUCUGGAGAUGGACAAGCUGCUGAUGGACAACAACUACUUUGGACCCGUCAUGCUGGCUAAAGGUGUGCUUCCCUCCAUGAUGUCCCGGCGGUCCGGUCACCUGCUGGUGGUCAACAGCAUUCAAGGAAAACUGGCCGUGCCCUUUCGCACCUCCUAUGCCGCUUCCAAGCAUGCCGUCCAAGCCUUUUUUGACUGCCUGCGUGCUGAGGUGGAGGAGUUCGGCAUCUCUGUUAGCACCAUAAAUGUCACCUUCAUCAGUGGACGUGCGUCUGAACAGCAGACAGCCUCGUCCAAGUCCUUCUGGUCAUUUUUGUACACAAAAAAGCCGCUGGGCGUUUCUCCACAUGAGGCAGCCAGCGAGGUGGCCAAGAUUUUGAGCAACAAGAAGAAAGAGGUGCUGAUUGCACCCUCGCUCCCAAAGGUGGCCAUCUACGCCAGGUCCUUCUUCCCCAACGUCUUCUUUGCCGUAAUGUCAGCGGGUGUGAAGGAUGCAGACGGCAAAAUGUAG